GUUCAUCACAUAUCACACUCACAACAUUGUGAAUUAGUAAACAGAUAUAUUACCUGAGAAUAAAUACUUGUAAUUAUUAAAAGGUACUAUGGAGGAUGACAACUCUUGGGUAUUCGAUUCGCUUGUUUGCUUUCUAAAUGGUCCCAUUUGGAAUGCCCCACUGCAGAGCUUUAUAGAAGAAAAAUCUUUAAUCUUCGAGCCCAAUAUCGAUGAUAACGAUGAAUACAAAAAUGUCUUCGAUGAAUUUAAGAAUUUAGUUGAUUUUAUGCUGGGAAAUUUUAUGGAAGACAUAGGAAUUACCCCAGAACAAUUUGAAAAUGCUUGCAAAGAAGGAAAGAAAUAUCAAGUUUCAUUUGAUCAUAAUUUAUUUGAACAAAUAUGGGCUGCAAAUGACUAUGAGAUGUUCAAAAGGAUGAUGACCCAGAAAAACGUUGAGUUACAGUUGCAAGCACUAGAACUGAUUGAACAAAAAUAUGGAAUUACUCCGCAGUCUUUUAUUCCAAAAACAAAGGAAGAAGUUGUCGCAGAUGGUCCCUCAACUUCAGAAAAUUUAAACUUGGAAAAGGAUAUCAUGAAUGAAGUUGCAAAGAAAUUUUCAGCUGAAGAACCAUCAACUUCGCUGGAAGUUCAAAAUAUUUUGGAAGAAAAGGAAAUUUUAGAAAAAACUUUGCAAGAAACAAAAGAAAAGGCCAUUGGAAUAAUAGUACCAAAACCAAUAAAAAGUGAAGGUACACAAGAAGAGAAAAUUGCCACAGAAAAAAAACAAUCGCCUAAACAUGAAAGUCCAAAAAUUGAGAAAAAAAGCACGGAAGUUGAUGCGUUGGAGCUCAAGAAGAGGCAGGAAUAUCUAAGAGCUCAAAGAGACAAACUAGUAGCUCUCAAGAAAGAAGCUAGAAAGAAGCAACUUAAUGCAGAAAAUGACGGCAAAAAUAAAUCAAGAGAACGUCCAAGAUCGGCAAAAGCUGCUCAAGCUGUGCUAACUGGUCAAAAGCCAAACGCUGAACCACAACAACUUCAGAUUCGUAAAACACUGGCGGAACGUUUGAAAACGGAGGUGGUUGAUUACAAAGAACCAAAAUAAGAAUUUUUUUUACUUAUAUUUAUUACCUAAAUAUAACGAUUACAAUUUUUAUUUUACAUUUUUUAAAAACAUUUAUUACAUGAAAAAUAAAGUUAGAAAAUGGCCUUUGAUCUGUUUUUGAAAACUUAUGGCUUGUAUAAAAAAUAUGAUAAGGCUGCCAUUUUUCAAUAAAUAAUUGCGUGCCAUUCCAAAGUUGCACAAAUUUGAUAAUGUAAGUACCCAUACUUUAACUAGAAAGGUAACUGAGCUGAUUUGAGCAACUUUCGAAUGAAUUCUUUAAUAAAUACAUUCGCUCAUAUUGUACGUACCAUUUUAGAUGCUGUUCUUAUAUUAAAUAUAUUAAUCAUGUACUGAUAAUAUUUAAUGAUUAAUGAUACUGUUUGAUUAAUAUUGCUGUCAAAACUUGUUUUGAGCGAACAUACACAUUAUAACAGUUAAAAGUAUGUACACCGUAUUAUACUUCUUUCAAUGCCUGUGCUUAUAUUGAACACAAUUUUUAAAACUGUUUUAAUUUCCGCCAAGUCGAAAACGGAUUUCGAAUUUUCAAAUGUCGUCUGCAUAAAGAUGCUUAAUUUGUAUACUUAGUUAAUAUAGUUAAUAUCCUGAACCUCUAUCGAUAAUAAAUAACUACAUUAAUAUAUCAGCAAAAUUAAUGUAGUUUCAUUUACCACAUAAAAAAUGUAACCCCUUGAAUUUUUCAGAAGAAGCUUUUAAAAAUACCUCAGAAAUAAUAAGCAUCAGGAUUGCAAAUUGACUGGAAUUUUAAGCUGUGUAAUUUAUGGGAAUGUUUUACAUUUACAAAUUAAAUUAAAAAGGUUAUGGACCCAGAGGAAAAAAAUUUCCUGUGAUGACUGGCAGCGUAAGCAGUGAAACGUCAAGAUAACUUAAGCCUACAAAACCAAUAAAAAAAAUAAUUGUAUACUUAAUUGGUUAUUUAAAUUCAAUAAAUAAAAUUUAAAAUAUAACAAGGUGGGUGCCUGUAAAUCAGUUAUCUAUAAAAAUCACUCUGGAAUUAGUUUUAUAUUAAAAAAAUGUUAUUCUAAAUUUGUUAAUAUGUAUCUAUAAAAUGCCUGAUAAGGUGUAGUGGAUAUUAAGUUAUUUUUGCCUUAAUUUCACAUACUGAUGAAUAUGCACAUAUCUAACAAUUACUUUUAUACGGAGUAUCCCGAUUCUGGCACAAUUUAUA